GGAGGAGCUGCGUGCUAUGCGGUAGUAUGUGCGCAGGCGCAGUGCUGCCGGUUGUGGUAUCAUGGCUGGAGACGGAGCGAUCAGUGCGGAGAUCCUAAAGGAGAAGCUGAGGCGGGAGCUGCAGGCGGAGCAUGUGGAAGUAGAAGACACGUCACCCAAUCACUGCUCCACCAGCUUCAGGGUGCUAGUCGUGUCUCCUCAGUUUGAAGGAAAAGCUCUGCUCCAGAGACACAGGCUCGUGAACGGCUGCCUGGCAGAAGAACUGAAGACCAUUCACGCCUUUGAACAGAAGACGCUGACUCCGGCGCAGUGGGAACAGGAGAAGCAGAAGUGAUCGGCCAUUGUUGUGUGGUCUGGAGACAGUCUGCAGCCUGGGAUGAGUGAGCGGCACUUAGUGGGUUAAUAAUGAUGUAAGACUAGUAUGUCCCGGGGACCCCGAUGUCUCCUGGUCCUGAAGGCGUUCCACAUGCUGCAGAGGGGCGAUUUUUAAACGGGACUUGACGCAGACGGGUUUUGGGUUGUUCUGUAGUCGCUUGAUGGAAUCUUCCUGGAGCCACCACCAGGGGGAGCUCGCUGUGAUGCUUCAGUGGGAGCCAUGCGCAGUGAGCUCCCUCUAGUGGUGGCUCGCUUAUCUAAUUGCUGUAUGGCGCUGCCAGUCCUUAAAGGGGCCCCCUGGACUUUACCAAUAAAUGUUAUGAACACAAGCCAG